AUGGCGACAGCGACAGAGGCCCCGACCGCGGGGCUUGAGGCCGGAGCAUCGGCAGCGGCCGCGACCAGACCGAAGCUGCACGGGCGGGCAUUCUAUGAGAGUAUCGGAAGUCCAAAGUACAUACUUGCACCCAUGGUGGAUCAAUCUGAAUUUGCAUGGCGAAUGCUGAGCCGGUCGUUCAUCCCGGCGUCCGAGCAGAAGAAUCUGGUGGCCUACACGCCCAUGUUCCAUGCGCGACUGUACAAAGACACGGAGAAUUACCGCCAGUGCCAUUUCCAAGCGAUCAGACCCGACGACUCGAACGAUGCGACUGCGACUGCGACGAACCCGCCGACGACCAAGCCCUGGCUCGACGGCAAUCCUGCCAUCGACAGACCUCUCUUUGUGCAAUUCUGCGCAAACGACCCCGACGCCCUCCUCGGCGCCGCGCUCAAGGUCGCGCCCUACUGCGACGCCGUGGACCUGAACCUGGGGUGCCCGCAAGGCAUCGCCAAGAAGGGUAAAUACGGCGCCUUCUUGCAGGAGGACCAGGACCUCAUCUUCAAGCUCAUCAACACUCUGCACAAGAACCUGCCCAUCCCCGUGACGGCCAAGAUCCGCAUCCUCGAUACCAGGGCCGCGACGCUGGCGUACGCGCGCAACGUCCUCGCGGCGGGCGCGUCCAUACUCACGGUCCACGGCCGGCUGCGCGAGCAAAAGGGACACCUGACGGGCCUGGCGGAUUGGGAGACCAUUCGGUGGUUGAGGGGCCAGCUGCCGCCCGAGACGGUGCUGUUUGCCAACGGGAAUAUACUGCAGCAUGCGGACCUGCAGCGCGCGCUGGACGCCACGGGCGCGGACGGCGUCAUGAGCGCCGAGGGAAACCUGAGUGACCCCGCUAUCUUCAGCCGGCCGCCGGAAGCCGGGACCGAGACGAGGGAGUACUGGCGCGGUAAAGAUGGGAGGGGGGGGUACCGCGUCGACGCGGUGAUGAGGCGGUACAUGGAUAUCCUGCACAAGUACGCCGCGGGCCAGGACCCGCCCUCGCGGCGUCCGCUGUUUGUCUUUGGUGACGACACGGCGUGGAUGGAGGAGAUGGAUCGCGCGGAGGCGGAGCAGGACGAGCCGGAGCGGAAGAAGAGGAGGCGGGACGUGACCAACGGGCCUAAAUCUGCCAAGAGCCGGGCGCUGAGUCCGAAUUACUCGGCGAUGCAGCCGCACAUGUUUCACCUGCUGCGGCACUUUGUGUCGAAGCACACUGACGUGCGGGACCUGUUGGCGCGGAGCCGGGCGGGCGAUUUGGAGGCGUACGAGAGGAUUUUGAGCAUGGUGGAGAGAAAGGUUGCCGAGGGGUUGAUUGAGUACGAGGCGAGGGGCGCCGAGAUGUUUGCGGGUGACGAGGUGCUGGGUCCGGAGGCCGAUGCCGCAGAGGUUGUGGAGGAGGAUGGAGAGAGUUCGAGGGGCGCGGUGAAGAGGUGUAAGAGGCCUUGGUGGGUUGUGCAGCCGAUUAUUCGGCCUUUGCCCAAGGAGGCUGUGGCCAAGGGCGCGGUGUCGUUGAGUAAGAAGGAUAAGGCCAAGUUGAAGGCUGCUGGGAAUGGGGAGGCGGCAAAGGAGGAGGGCAAGGAGGAGGUAGAGAAGAAGAAUGGAGAGAAGGAGGAUCAGAGCGUUCAGGAAAAGGUUCUUGAGACUGAUGAUAAGUUGCUUGCCGGUUGA